AUGGUGGUCGACAUCCUGAGCAUCGGAGGUGAGCCGAUUUUCGACGAGCGCAUCGUCAAGAUCGAGACUCACGCGUACAACCCCUAUGCCAAUGCAACGUUCGGAUACAGCGAUGAAGUACGAAUACCCAUACAGCAGCAGGAUCUGUACACUCUACCGUGCGAAAGCGCUCUAUACGUGGAGGGAAAAUUGUCCGAUGAGGCAUCGACGACGACGACGACGACGACGAAUCAGACUUCAAAACUUGCGAGCAACUGCGUGGCCUUCAUGUUCGAGGAGAUACGUUACGAACUCAAUGGCGUAGAGAUCAAUCGAAAUCGCAACGUUGGAAUAACCAGUACGAUUAAGAAUUACGUUUCGUUGACGUCGCGCGAGCUCGAUAUAUUGCAAAACGCCGGGUGGGGUGAGCCAAACGUUUCCGACAGCGGUUCCUUCAGCCUGUGCGUCCCCUUGAAAAUAUUAUUGGGCUUUUGCGAGGACUACAAACGCGUAGUGGUGAACGCGCGACACGAACUUAUCUUGAUACGCGCGCGCACCGAUAACAAUUGCAUCGUGGCGCAAGAGAAUGCUAAAAGUCCGAAAAUCGUUCUUUCGAGGGUGCAACGGCGAAUGCCGCACAUUGUUCUGAACGACGUGAACAAAUUAUCGCUUCUGCGAACGCUGGAGAGCAGACGGUUUUUAAGCGUCGGAUUUCGCUCGUGGGAUCUGUACGAAUUUCCAUUGCUGCAGAGCACGACGAAGCACUCGUGGGCCGUAAAAACGGCGGCGCAACUAGAGAAACCGCGUUACGUUAUCUUUGCCCUACAGACAGGACGACGAAACGUGUUGACACGCGAUUCCUCGACCUUCGAUCAUUGCAAGCUCACCAACGUGAAACUGUACUUAAAUUCAGACUUUUAUCCCUAUGACGACAUGAAUCUUGACAUCGAGAACAAUAAAUUUGCUAUACUGUACGACAUGUAUGCAAAAUUUCAAAAAUCGUACUACGGACGAAAACUCGACGAUGCGUAUCUAACCGUAAAAUCAUUCCUAACAUCCGGCCCAUUCGUGGUGAUCGAUUGCUCUCGUCAGAACGAGGCGGUGAAAAGCGCCACCGUAGACGUUCGCGUAGAGUUCGAGUGUAAGGAAAACGUUCCGGCCGACACCACGGCGUAUUGCCUCAUUAUUCAUGACCGAAUCAUCGAGUACAGUCCCCUGACGAAUGUGGUGCGGAAACUUGUAUAA